GACUCCCGCCUCUCGGUGUCGUGUUGCAGUACCUCCCGCAGACCGACGGCGGCGCUGCGCACCAGACCUUCAGUGAGGACGCUGAAACUGCAGACUGAGGGUAGACACGGAGCUUUGUGCCGAAAGUAAACCGUGACUUGUGUCAGACUAAUGAAUUAAAACGGCCCAGUUUGCGAGAGGCCAGUAGAAGACCAUCUGGAUUUACGUUGACAAGCAUGGAGUUCCCUCAACAGCAGAAACCGACGGGGGACGGCAAGAUUACCUAUCCGCCCGGGGUUAAGGAGAUCACAGACAAGAUCACCAAUGAUGAGGUGGUCAAACGGUUGAAGAUGGUGGUGAAGACCUACAUGGACAUGGACCAGGACUCGGAGGAGGAGAAGCAGCGCUACCUGGCCCUGGCUCUGCACCUGGCAUCAGAGUCUUUCCUCAGGAACCCCAACAAGGACGUGCGUCUGCUGGUGGCCUGCUGCCUGGCCGACAUCUUCAGGAUCUACGCCCCCGAGGCCCCCUACACCUCCCACGACAAGCUCAAGGACAUCUUCUUGUUCAUCACCAGACAGCUGAAGGGGCUGGAGGACACCAAGAGCCCACAGUUCAACAGAUACUUCUACCUGCUGGAGAACCUGGCGUGGGUGAAGUCCUACAACAUCUGCUUUGAGCUUGAGGACUGUAACGAGAUCUUCAUCCAGCUCUUCAAAACCCUCUUCUCUGUCAUCAAUAACAGCCAUAACCAGAAGGUGCAGAUGCACAUGCUUGACCUAAUGAGCUCCAUCAUCAUGGAGGGAGAUGGUGUCACCCAGGAACUCCUGGACACCAUCCUCAUCAACCUGAUCCCUGCUCACAAGAACCUGAACAAGCAGGCGUAUGACCUGGCCAAGACUCUGCUGAAGAGGACCGUCCAGAACAUAGAGACCUGCAUCGCCAACUUCUUUAACCAGGUUCUGGUGAUGGGCAGGUCUUCAGUGAGUGACCUGUCUGAACACGUGUUUGAUCUGAUCCAGGAGCUGUUCUGCAUCGACCCCCUGCUGCUUACCUCCGUCAUGCCCCAGCUCGAAUUCAAGCUUAAGAGCAAUGAUGGAGAGGAGCGUCUGGCUGUGGUUCGUCUGCUUGCCAAGCUGUUCGGAGCCAAAGACUCAGAACUGGCCACUCACAAUAGACCUCUCUGGCAGUGCUUCCUGGGACGGUUUAAUGACAUCCAUGUCCCAGUCAGACUGGAGAGUGUGAAGUUUGCCAGCCACUGUCUCAUGAACCACCCAGACCUAGCCCGGGACCUCACAGAGUUCCUGAAGGUGCGUUCCCACGACCCUGAGGAGGCGAUCCGCCACGACGUCAUCGUCACCAUCAUCAACGCUGGCAAGAAGGACCUGAACCUGGUGAACGACCAGCUGCUGGGCUUUGUACGGGAACGCACCCUGGACAAGAGGUGGAGGGUUCGUAAGGAGGCCAUGAUGGGCCUGGCUCAGCUGUAUAAGAAGUACUGUCUGCACCAUGAGGCAGGAAAGGACCAGGCCCAGAAGAUCUCCUGGAUCAAAGACAAGCUACUCCACAUUUACUAUCAGAACAGCAUCGACGACAAGCUGCUGGUAGAGAAGAUCUUUGCUCAGUACAUGGUUCCUCACAGUCUGGAUACGGAGGAGAAGAUGAAGUGUCUUUACUACCUGUAUGCCUGCUUGGACACAAACGCUGUCAAGGCUCUGAAUGAGAUGUGGAAGUGUCAGAACAUGCUCCGAGGGCUUGUCAGAGAGCUGCUGGACCUUCACAAGCUGCCUGUGUCUGAGGCCAACAACACAGCCAUGUUUGGGAAGCUGAUGACCAUCGCCAAGAACCUUCCGGAUGCUGGCAAGGCCCAGGACUUCAUGAAGAAGUUCAACCAGGUUCUGGGAGAAGACGAGAAGCUGCGCCUGCAACUAGACACACUCAUCAGCCCCACCUGCUCCUGCAAGCAGGCUGAGAUCUGUGUGAGGGAGAUCACCCGUAAGCUCACCUUCCCCAAGCAGCCCACCAACCCCUUCCUGGAGAUGGUGAAGUUCCUGCUGGAGCGCAUUGCCCCUGUCCACAUCGACUCAGAGGCCAUCAGCGCAUUGGUGAAGCUUCUGAACAAGUCCAUUGAGGGAACAGCUGAUGAUGACGAGGAGGGCGUCACCCAGGAUACUGCCAUCCGCUCUGGACUGGAACUGCUGAAGGUUCUGUCGUUCACCCACCCCACAGCGUUCCACUCUGCUGAGACCUACGAGUCUCUGCUGCAGUGCCUGAAGAUGGAGGACGACAAGGUGGCAGAGGCAGCCAUCCAGAUCUUCAGGAACACGGGCCAGAAGAUCGAGACGGAGCUGCAGCAGAUCAGAUCGACUCUGAUCCCCGUGCUGCACCAGAAGGCCAAGCGAGGGACUCCCCACCAGGCCAAGCAGGCAGUGCACUGCAUCCACGCCAUCUUCAACAACAAGGAGGUGCAGCUGGCGCAGAUCUUUGAGCCCCUGUCCCGGAGCCUGAAUGCUGACGUCCCGGAACAGCUCAUCACUCCGCUGGUGUCUCUGGGGCACAUCUCCAUGCUGGCUCCAGACCAGUUCGCCUCCCCCAUGAAGUCCAUCGUUGCCAACUUCAUCGUCAAGGACCUGCUGAUGAAUGACAGGUCUUUGGGGAACAAGAACGGGAAACUGUGGACAGCAGAUGAUGAAGUCUCACCAGAGGUCUUAGCCAAGGUUCAGGCUGUUAAGCUGCUGGUGCGCUGGUUGCUGGGGAUGAAGAACAACCAGUCCAAGUCUGCAAACUCCACCCUCCGCCUUCUGUCUGCCAUGCUGGUCAGCGAGGGAGACCUCACCGAACAGAAGAAGAUCAGGUAG